AAGACCAUACCAAUCGAAUGUUGACUGUCAUUUCCGUUUUCACAGCAGCACACAUCACCAUCAACAACAUAGCUAGGAUUAUAAAUCUAGCAAUAGUUGAUAACAAACUUUUUGUUUUACUUGAGUGAGACCAACUUCUUUCAACAUGCCGGAACGAGAACGAGGAGAACGAGAGACGGAGUCGUUCUCCAACCCUCUGGCGCCGGAUGGGCAUGAGGUGGAGGACCACCGGUCAGCACUUCAGUCCAAGCUGACAAAUGAGGACUUCCGUAAACUUUUGAUGACCCCUCGUGCCACGCCUUCGUCAGCUCCCCCAUCCUCCAAAUCCUCCAGACAUCAUGAGAUGCCCCGGGACUACAGUGAAGAGGAUGAUCCUGCAGCCCGUAGACGGAAGAAGAAAAGUUAUUACGCCAAGCUGCGUCAGCAGGAAGUGGAGAGGGAGCGGGAGCUAGCUGAGAAGUACCGUGACCGUGCCCGGGAGCGUCGUGAUGGCGUCAACAAGGACUACGAGGAGACAGAACUCAUCAGCACAACAGCCAAUUACAGAGCAGUGGGGCCCACAGCCGAGGCGGAUAAUUCAGCAGCUGAGAAGAGGCGGCAGAUGAUCCAAGAGUCUAAGUUCUUGGGUGGUGACAUGGAACACACUCACUUGGUGAAAGGAUUGGAUUUUGCCCUUUUGCAGAAGGUGCGUGCUGAGAUCACCAGCAAGGAGAAGGAGGAGGAGGAUAUGAUUGAAAAAGUAACAAAGGAAGUCAAGAAAGAGAUUGAACCAGAGGAGAAAAUAGAGUUCAAGACACGUCUAGGAAGGAAUAUCUACCGGAUCAUGUUCAAGGGCCGCCAGUUUGAGAGGAAUGAGCUGUUCCUGCCCGGCCGUAUGGCAUACGUAGUGGACCUGGAGGAUGAGUACGCAGACACCGACAUCCCCACCACACUGAUCCGCAGCAAGGCCGACUGCCCCACCAUGGAGGCUCAGACAACUCUCACCACCAACGACAUUGUCAUCAGCAAGCUGACCCAGAUCCUGUCCUACCUGCGACAAGGGACCCGCAACAAGAAGAUGAAGAAGAAGGAAAAAGGAGGGGUGAAAAUUGAUGAGAAGAAAGUUCCAGGACCAGAGGCAGACGCAAGCAUCUUUGAUGACAUCGGGGACUACGCCCCAUCUACCUCCAAGGCCAUCCGGGACAAGGAGAAGGAACGCUACCGGGAGAAGGAGAAGGAGCGGGACAGAGAGAGGGAACGGGACAGAGAGAGGGAGCGGGACAGAGAGAGGGAGAGGGACAAGGAGGAAGAAAAGAGACGACACAGCUACUUCGAGAAGCCCAGAGCAGAUGACGAUGAUACCAUGGAGAUUGAGACGGGUCCAGGAUCAGUGAAGGACCAGAUCAAGUUGAUCAAUGAGAAGUUUGCAGCAACUCCCCAGUGGCCAGGAGAAACUGCUGGGUCGCGUGGCCGUAAAGAGGAGAAGCUCGGGGACUUCUUUGGCAUGUCCAACAGCUAUGCUGAGUGUUACCCAGCUACUAUGGACGACUUGGCCGUGGACAGUGAUGAAGAGGUGGACUACACCAAGAUGGACCAGGGUAACAAGAAGGGUCCUCUGGGUCGCUGGGACUUUGACACUCAGGAUGAAUAUAGUGAAUACAUGAACAACAAGGAGGCUCUGCCAAAGGCUGCUUUCCAGUAUGGCAUCAAGAUGUCUGAGGGGAGGAAGACUCGCCGCUUCAAGGAGACCAAUGAGAAGGCAGAGCUGGACAGGCAGUGGAAGAAGAUCAGUGCUAUCAUUGAGAAGAGGAAGAAGGCUGAGGCAGAUGGGGAGAAGCCGAAGAGGCCAAAGUAUUAAUGUUCUCCCAUCUUGCAUAAUUUGGAACAUGUUGAAAAUCUUGCAAUAUAUUGUAUGCUAAAAAUCCUGUUUGUAUUUUGUGGAAUACUAGAUUGUGUAUUGAUUACUUUAUCUUUUGUCUUGGACAUGUAACCAUGGAAAUGUAACCAUGAAUGAGAAUUGGAGCACAAUGUUAUGCAGCUUUUACACAAACUGUCAAUGUCUCUAUUAGGUAACAUCCAAUAAAUAACAUUGAAAAAAAAGUUUA